AUGAAGAAAGGGAACGAGAUAAGGAAGCCAAAAAAUUCAAAAGAAGUGAUUCAGCCAGUUCGUGCAAGCGAACAAGCACAAAAUACAGCUGCUCGACAAGUUCGAAGAAGUAAUCCAACAGUUCGUGCAAAUGAACAAGCACAAAAUACAGCUGCUCGACAAGUUCGAAGAAGUAAUCCAACAGUUCGUGCAAAUGAACAAGCACAAAAUACAGCUGCUCGACAAGUUCGAAGAAGUAAUCCAACAGUUCGUGCAAAUGAACAAGCACAAGACACAGCUGUUCGACAAAUCCGAAGAAAUGAUCCAGCAGUUCGUGCAAAUGAACAAGCACAAGACACAGCUGCUCGAAAAAUCCGAAGAAGUAAUCCAACAGUUCGUGCAAAUGAACAAGCACAAGACACAGCUGUUCGACUAAGCCGAAGAAGUAAUCCAACAGUUCGUGCAAAUGAACAAGCACAAAAUACAGCUGCUCGACGCGUAAAGCGAAAUCAAAUGUUAUCGUGGAUUGAAGUCAUGGAGCAAUACUUUGAAUGCAUCAAGGAAGGUCCAACAUACAACUGUUAUAGUUGCGAUCGUCUGUGGUUCAAAAAAUCGAUUAAAAAUAUUACGCGUGACAAACUUAAAGAUUGUGGAUGUACUGAUACAUUCAUUGAGGAAGUUUUGCUGGAAGAAUUUGUGAAUGAAAAAGUUUAUCAAUUUUGUUUUACCUGUUACACAAACAUCAGAGCAAAGAAAUAUCCACGAUUCAACGUCAAUAAAUCACUUUUGGCAUUUCCAAAACUUCCUGAUAUCAUUACAAGUUUAACUCCACUUGAGGAGCGAUUGGUUGCAACAAGAAUCCCUUUUAUGAAAAUAUUCGCUCUUGGUGUUGAUCGUCAAUUCGGACUGAAAAGCGGAGUAAUCAAUAUACCUGUUGAUGUUCCGAAAAUGUUCAAGACGAUCCCCAUCAAACCGGAACAAUCAGGAGUAAUUCAUCUAAAGCUAAAGAGACGAAUUGGAAUGCAGAAUCAUUAUCUAUAUGAGAGAAUUCCUCCAAUGGAUGAAGAUACAGAGAACCAAUCAGAUCCAGAAUCAGAGACACAAAGAGCUGAUGAAGAAGUUAACCAACUUUAUGAAGAAACUCUCUUAGAUGCGAACGAAGCAAUUGAAUUUGCUCCAGGUGAAGGACAGAUUCCAGUAUCUAUAUUAACAGAUAUCAAUUGUGAAGAAUUAUCAUUUCCAACAAUUUACUUUGGCCAUGAACGAGUACAUUCACCAAUCGUCAAGCUAUCAUAUGAAGACCAUGUAAACAGCGAAAUUCGGCGACCUGCAGAAACGCAAUGGAAAGAACUAUUACGAAUUCUCAAGAAAACUGUGGACAAUGAAGAUGAUGCUGAUGUCUCAGGAUUAGACUUUGAAGAAAAAUAUCGACUGAUACGAACUGAUCCAGUAACUUGUUCAUUAUAUUUCGAUCACAAAUUCAAAGAAUUAUUUAAAACGUUGAAAAAUACUGAUGAAGGACCAUUUGGAAAGUUCAAAAUUCUCCACCAUUAUUAUCGCAUUGAGUUUCAACAUCGUGGAUCACCUCAUGUGCAUAUGAUUUUAUGGCUUAAAGAUGCACCCACCUUUGAUGCUGAUAAACCACAUUUAUUUCAUCACAUUGAAGAAUUUAUUGACAACAUAAUAAGUACUAGUUCAGAUGAUCCUAAUGUCAAAGAGUUUGUUAAAUAUCAGUAUCACAAAUGUUCUCGGACUUGUAAAAAGAAAACGAGAGGGAACACAAGCUGCAGAUUUGGAGCUCCAUUCAAUCCGAUGGACAAAACAAGAAUUCUUCAACCACUGCCAUCUGAUUAUGUUUACAGUAACGGUGAACAAGAUGAAUAUCAAACAAUAUCUAAGAAUCUGAAUGAACUUCUUUCGGGUGAUUUAAAUACGAUUGGAACAUUUGAAGAACUGCUUGUAAAACUUAAUUGUGACAGAGACAAAUAUAUAAAAACGAUUCGAAGUCAACUUAAGGCAACAAAAAUCUUUAUCCGACGUGCUCCAAAAGAUGCCAGAGUAAAUCCAUAUGCAAGUAAAAUUCUGAUGUUGAUGCAAUCAAACAUCGAUGUACAGUUUGUCUUAGAUCCAUAUGCAUGUAUUGGAUACAUAGUUGAAUAUAUUAACAAACCAAGUCGAGGAAUUUCAAGAUUACUACGUGCAUGUGUUGAGGAGUUUAGAUCUGGAAAUUAUUCAUUGAGAGAGAAAAUCAAAAAACUUUCAUACACAUACUAUAAUGGAACUGAAAUAUCUGCUCAAGAAGCAGCUUGGUGCCGUUUAAGACUUCCUAGGUCACAUAGUAGCUCAGUAGUUGAAUUCAUCAAUACAGGACCAAUGAAGACAAGACAUCGAAUACUGAAGUCACAAUCCCAGAUUAAAAAGCUCCCAGAAAAUAGUACAGACAUUUACAAAAAGGGUUCAAUAGACCGAUAUAAGGAACGACCAGAACCAUUAAAAGAUGUAUGCUUAGCAGACUUCAUUGCUAAAUUUUCAUACAAAGGAAAGAAAUCAAACAACGAAAGUGACGAUGAAAAUGUUGAACAAGACGACCAUUUGGUGGAAUCAAUUGACAAUAAUCAGAACGAAGAAGAUGAAAGUGGAGAAUUCAAUGAAGUAUAUGAGGUUGAAGGUGGAACAGUAAGAAAGAGAAAGCAAAUUAAAAUCAUCAGAUUCUGCCGUUAUGAUUUUCACAAAGAUCCUAACAAUUUCUAUCGCGAAAGAUUAAUGCUGUUUAAACCUUGGCUAGAUGAAUCAUUGGAACUUGAAAAAGAUAACCUGAACCUUGCAGAGAUUUACACACUAAAUAAAGAACUAAUAGAGUCAAAUAGUUCUCGAUACAUUAAACUUGACAUAGAUUUAAAUGAUAUUGCACGAAACAUUGAAGAAGAACAAGCUCGCGACGAAGAUGAGUCAAAUGAUCAAAAUGAAGAUCAAGAUCAAGAACAGCAUUUGAAUGUCUAUGAUUUUGACGAUAACAUACUUCAGUCUAAUGAAAUGUUUGGAAUAGAAUCAGUGAAUACAACAGAUCAUACAAACUCAAUGGAAAAGAAUAAAAUUACAGUUCCAGAUCUAGUUUCGGAUCAAGAAUAUUAUGAGUUGGUCAACUCUUUAAACACAAAGCAAAAUGAUCAUUUAAUGCAUGUCUUAAAUGCAUUCAAACUAAAUGAAUUGCCAUUGUAUCAUUUUGUAUCGGGUGAAGCAGGCGUUGGCAAGAGCAGACUAAUCAAAGCUGUAUAUCAAACACUUAUGAGGCAUUUCAAUCGUGAACCUAGACCUAUAGAUACUCCAGAAAUUCUUAUAAUUGCGUACACUGGAAAGGCAGCUCACAAUGUCAAUGGAUUAACAGCACAUGCAGCAUUUAGUUUGGUAUUGGUAGAACAGGGAACAAAAAAGUCUGAUAGUCUUUCACCAGAAGUAUUGAAUACACUGAGAGUCAAAUUAAAGAUUCUAAAGCUAAUUAUCAUUGAUGAAAUAUCAAUGAUGGGAAUCACAACAUUUGAAAAAAUCAAUAAAAGAUUGAUGCAAGUAUUCCAGUCAAAAAAGGAGUUUGAAGGUCGAUCCGUCAUCACAUUAGGUGAUUUCCAGCAGCUGCAACCAGUUCGAGACAACUUUGUAUUUGCACGAGGAAAAAAUGAUGUGGAUAGUUUGUUCGGAAAUUCACUUUGGGAUAAAUUUAAACAUUUUGAACUUACCGAAAUCAUGCGUCAAAAAGAUGAUCUAAUUUUCGCACAACUGUUGGGUCGACUAGCAAAAGGUGCAUUGACACAAAAUGACAUUGAUUUAAUUAAUACACGAAUCUUUGUUGAAUAUCCACAUCAAUUGAAACCCGGUGACAAACUCCUGCCAGCGAAAGGAAAAGAUGCUUGCCGACUAAUAUGGCAAAAUAAAGAGGUUGAUUCACACAAUCUUCAAAGAAUUAUGGAACUACGAAGACCUGAAACAGUAAACAUAAGAUUCCGUGCUAUCGAUAACAUCAUCGGUGCUACAUCUGAGACAGACAAAAGACAAGUGCGAUUUAGUUUGCAACAAUUGAGCCAUCGUGAAACACAGGGCCUUGCAACAGAAUUAGUGUUACAAAAAGGAAUUAGAUAUAUGAUUACAUCUAACAUUGACGUCACAGAUGGACUAUAUAAUGGAGGUACUGGAGAGUUAAUGUUUAUGGAGUUUAGAAAUAGAGAACUAGAUGCUGUUUAUUUAAAAUUUGAUGAUCCCACAAUAGGCAGAAAGGCACGUGAAGCAAGACGUGCAAUUAUGGUUGGAACCUCUGCCAUUGAUGACUCUUGGACGCCCAUCACAAGAAUAAAACUGAAUUUUCGAGUCAAUAAGUGUUCAGCUCAGGUCUUUCGUGAGCAAUAUCCAAUUGUCCCAGCAGAAGCAAUCUCAAUCCACAAGUCCCAAGGUUCAACGUUAGAGAAUGUAACAAUUCUUUUAGUACCACGCAUGUCCAGAUCACUUAUAUAUGUUGCAUGUUCGCGUGCCAAAACGCUGGAUGGACUCUAUUUAAUUGGUAAAUUCAAAUCACCAACUCCACCUCGGGAUGAUCAUCCAGUUGUAUUAGAAAUGAAGCGACUUAGAGAAACAGCUCAGCUUAUUCCAAAAUUUCAGCAUCUUAAGUCAAUACCAGCAAAUGAGAUUCAAAUAGUAUCAUUUAACGUGAAGUUAUUCCGUCGCGGCGGCGGAAUGAUGCCGAAAAAUAUUGUAUGUCGACUUUAUUCCGUCACUGUGCAGGAAUAA